UUAAUGUAGUAAAUGAUUUCCGUCGUAAACUACGAGCUAUAUCUGCAAACUUCAGUAGAUAUCAAAAAAAAGAGAUAGCAUACGUAAUAUCACGAGACAGAUAUUCAGAAAAAAAUAUAAAAAUUAAAAAAAAUAAAAUAAUAAAUAUGAAAAAAUUAUAAUAAAUGAAUCCAAGUAGAUUGAAUAAUGUUAAAAUUCAAAAUCGAAUAAUUAUGUCAUUAUGUGUAAUGAAUAUGCAUAAAACAAAGAAGAGAAAACUUGUUGAGAUGCAAAAAUUUCAACAAAUUGGAAAAUUGUAAAAUUUAUUAAAAAAUUGAAUGCUGUUUUAUAUAUUUUUUAUCAAUAUAUUGCGAAAUUAUAUUCCAUUUAAAUAAAAUAUGGAAUAUUUCCAGGAGACGAUUGGAAUAUUUUAGAAAUACAUUCUCAAGUAUAAGAUGUGAUUUUUAGGAUUACAUAAUAAUUAACAUAAAAAUGUUUUAUGUUAUGCCACCUAAUGGAGAGGUACCUCUUUAUAUUUUGGAAGAUUGUGUUUUAACCAGACUAGAUUAUUUAAGAUGUUUACAUGAAGGGACCACUGAUGAAUUUGAUGGCAAAUUUGAGUACUUGAUAGAAAACUCUGAUUAUGAUGAAAUUGGACACUUUGUGCUAAGAUUAUUGGCUUGUGUGUCGUCAGAUCUAUGGAUGUACUGGAUUACCAAAGAAUCAUUGUUAUUUAAACAUAGAUUAGAUAAUACAUCACCUAGACAAUUGCAUAGAUUAUUUAAACAAAUUAUAUGGAGAAUGCAGUUAUAUAAAAGCCAUGGAAGUCUGAUUGAAACAACUCUAAUUGAAUUGUGCAAAUUCUACUCACAACCUUUAAUCUUUAAACAUCUGGUAUCAAAUUGUCAAAACUGCAAUAAAUUUGUAUACAAAGUGAAAUUUGAGGUAGCACCAGAACUAGUAAAAGAACGAGAAUUAGUCCUUAAUAACGGAUAUGUUAUAACAUACUGUUCAACAUGGAAAAGAGUACUUCAAUCAUUAUUUAGCACAUAUUUAAACAAUAAACUGACUCUUAUGAAGAAAUACGCACAGCACACUGUGAAAUAUGAUCUGAGGUUGCAGUUUUUAAGUCAGAAAGUUCAAUCUUACCUUUUCAGAGAAGGUACUGUUUACGGAAGCAUAACCAUCGAGAACAUAGACACAGAAGCUGAAAGAUUUCCUCUGUGUAUGCGACACUUGCAUUCCGUGUUGAAAAGUAGACACCGUCUUAGUCAUUAUGCACGUCUGUACUACAGUCUCUUUCUAAAAGAGAUCGGUAUGAAGCUAGAAGACUCGAUUGCGUUUUGGAGACAGGAAUAUUCCAAACCACACACCUGUACCGCGAUAUGUUCACACAAUUGGCAACCCAACGAGAAGAAGUUCGUGUACAGCAUUAGGCAUAUGUAUGGUUUGGAAGGAUCCAGGAAGAAUUACAAGACACCUGAUUGCGAUCGCAUUUGCGCAGGUAUCAGUGGUGCAACCUACGAGGGUGGUUGUCCUUUCAAAGACUUUGAUGUGGAUGCACUUAGAAAUCUUUUACACACUUCAUUAACUGAAGAUGACACAGAGAAAUUCUUACAUAAUGUAGCUAUUCAAAGUCCAGAUGUGCUUUGCACUAGAUUUCUAAAACUUGUAUGCAAAGAUAAUACUGAUAAUUCUACCAUUAACAGUCCAGUACAGUUUUAUCAAAGAAUGAUUGAUUAGUAGAAAUUUCCAUACCCUAUUCAAUUGAUUUGUGAUCUUAUAACUAAUAUUAUGAUUCUAUGACAAUUUAUGUUAAAUAUAAAUAUUAUAUAUAUAAAACAAUCCUAUAAU